AUGUCACUGUUUGAGAUUCUAAAUGCACCACAAGUUGGUUGGGACGAUAAAGUUCCUGUUGGGUUGUUUAUCGGAAACGAAUAUGUUGCAAGUGAAGGCAAUGAAAAAAUUGAUACAUUCAAUCCGGCCACUGGAGAGAAAUUGACGUCUUUCUAUGCAGCUGGUGUGAACGACGUCGAUAAGGCUGUGAAAGCAGCUCGAAAAUGCUAUAAAACUGUUUGGUCGAAGACUUCAGCUGAGGACCGUGGUAAGUUGUUAUACAGGUUGGGGGAGCUGAUAGAAAAAAACCGGCACAAACUUGCUGCUUUGGAAACCUUGGACUCCGGCAAGCCGUAUCAUUCGAAUGCGCAGGGAGAUCUAGAUCAGAUUAUACAGCUAACUAGGUAUUUCGCUGGAGGAGCCGAUAAAUAUACCAAGGGUCAAACCGUACCCUUGAAACAUGAAAAGUAUGCGUUAACUUUCAAAGUGCCGUAUGGCGUUGUCGGACAGGUGAUUCCUUGGAAUUAUCCUUUGGCAAUGGCGUCAUGGAAGAUCCAAGGUUGCCUUGCAGCGGGCAAUACCAUUGUUAUCAAACCGGCGGAGAAUACGUCACUUUCGUUACUCUACAUGGCACAAUUGUUUACUGAAGCAGGUUUCCCGUCCGGUGUAUUGAAUGUUGUGCCUGGGUUGGGAUCAGUCGCUGGGGCAGCCUUGGCUAAUCAUCCUGAUGUUGACAAAAUUGCAUUUACAGGAAGUACAGCUGUAGGGCAAAAGAUUAUGCAGAUUGCAGCGCAAUCCAAUCUCAAGGAUGUCACUUUGGAAUGCGGUGGUAAAUCUCCGGCUGUGGUAUUUGACGAUGCUGAUUUAGAUAAUUCUGUUGAGUGGAUUGCCGGUGGAAUUUUAUAUAAUUCUGGUCAAAAUUGUACGGCAAAUUCCCGUAUCUACGUUCAAGAAACAAUUUAUGAUGAAUUUCUCAAGAAAUUUAAGUCACAUAUUCAGUCAGAAUGGAGGUUUGGUACGCGGUUAGAUCCGUUCGACAAGGAAUGUACGUUGGGGCCCGUCAUUUCCGAAGUUCAGUACAAGAAGAUUAGAGCCUACGUUGAUCAUGGCGUUAACGAAGAAAAAUUAAAUAUCAUAACGCUCGGCGAUUUUCCCGCUAACUCAAAGGGUUAUUUCAUUCCUCCAAUUUUUUUCACAGAUGUUCCACAGAUAUCUAAGUUGAACAAAGAGGAAAUAUUUGGUCCAGUGGCAGUUAUUUCCAAAUUCAAAGACUACGACGAGGCUAUAGAGCUUGCAAAUGAUACGGCUUAUGGGCUGGCUUCGGCAGUUUUUACAGAAAAUAUAAGAUUAGCAAAUAGAUUCGUGAGAGAUAUCAACGCAGGUACGGUUUGGGUUAAUUCAUCUAACGAUGAGGAAAUUUCGGUUCCAUUCGGUGGAUUCAAGUCUUCGGGGAUAGGUAGAGAGUUGGGGGAAAGCGGAGUGACUGCUUAUUGUCAAACAAAGGCAGCUCAUUUCAAUAUAUCGGAUUAUUAA